UAAUUAAUAAUUAUACCGAAUAUCAUCAAAUUAUGGCAACUGUAGGAAUUAAUGGAUUUGGUAGAAUAGGAAGAAUGUGUCUUCGUGCUUGCAUAGAACAGAAUAUUGAAGUCACGUUGAUUAACGAUCCAUAUAUUACGACCGACUACAUGAUAUACCUGUUUAAAUAUGAUUCAACUCAUGGAACUUAUCCAUUAAAAUUAGAAUGUGAAAAUGGAUCUAUUAUUGUUGCAGAUCAAAAAAUUGCAAUUUCACAAGAAAAAAAUCCAUGUAAAAUAAAGUGGAAAGAUGCAGGUGUAACCUAUGUAAUUGAAGCUACUGGUGUAUUUAAUACUUUAGAGAAAGCAGGUUUACAUAUGGAUGGUGGAGCUAAAAGAGUGAUUAUUACUGCACCUUCAAUUGAUGCACAAAUGAUGGUUUUUGGUGUAAAUCACACUUGUUAUGACCCACAAAAAAGUAAAAUAGUGUCAGCUGCCUCUUGCACAACAAAUUGUGCAGCACCAAUCAUUCGAGUGAUGCAUGACAAGUUUGAAGUUAUUGAAGUAAUGAUCACCAGUGUACAUGCUUUAACAUCAUCACAAAGAACUUUAGAUGGUCCUAUAGAAAGAGGAAAAUUAUGGAGAGAUGGCAGAGGUGCUCUCCAAAAUAUUAUUCCAACAUCCUCUGGUGCAGCUAAGUCGUUAAAUAAAAUUAUUCCUGAACUCAAGGGCAAGAUUUCUGCAAUAGCUUUCAGAGUACCAAUUCCGAAUGUUUCUUUAUGUGAUAUGACUUUUAGAGUCAAUAAACCAACAACAUAUGAUGAAAUAAAAGAAGUAAUGAAAGUAGCAUCAGAAACUGAUUUAAAAAAGAUCCUGGGUUAUACAGAUGAUGACUGUGUAUCAUCUGAUUUCAAUGACACGACUUAUUCGUGUAUUUUCGACGCGAAAGCUGGUAUUCCUCAGACAAGUACAUUCAUCAAAGUUGUUGCCUGGUACGAUAACGAAUACGGUUAUGCUCAUCGUGUGAUAGAUCUGGUGCAAUACAUGUUUAAGGUUGAUUCUGGUGAAGUGCCAGUAGUCUCAGAAAACGUAGAAGAAAACGAAAAUUAA